UCAUUGGCUAAGAGACCUGCCAGGCUGCCAGCGUACGCUAGCCAAGUCCCUGAGUAGGCCUCCUGUUUUCCCCCACGGCCCACGCUAGCCAAGUCCAGGUUCUGAGGUUCACAAAUCACAACCCUAGUUGGCGGCGCUCAGAUCCGGUGGCAUCCUCCUCCCGCGUCCCUGUAGCGGCCUCCGACGACGACCUUGUAGCGGCAGCGUGUGGCGGCAAUCGUCCACCGGUGUUCCUCAGGCAGCCGGCCAGCGGCGGACGCGUCCAGGCAUCGAGAUCCUGUUCCUUCGACGUCCAGGCAUCGGGCGCGUCCAAGUGUGGUGGCGCAGCGGCGGGCGACCUCCUUCUCCAACGUCGAGCUCUUGUUGUAGUCUAAGCGGGGAAUUCACGGGGAUUUUUCUCCGUUGGGGCCCGUAUACCCGAACGGGGACGGGGAAAAACCUUCCCCACGACUGGGGACGGGGAAAACCGGUGUCGCGGGGACGGGGGCACUGCCCCGCCGGGGAAUGGACCCGUUGCCAUCCCUCGUGGGAUGGGGACCGGGGACGGGGAACGGGGAAAAACCGGUGUCGCGGGGACGGGGACGCGGGCACUGUGUAACAUCUGGCCCACUUGUAAAGUGGUGACACCGCAGCCCAGUCCAUGGCCCAAGUCGAGAUGCUGAUACAAAAGGACAUUCAGAACACGAGAGGGGCAUCAAAGAGAAUAUCCAGAACAGUUUUCCAGUCGUCUUCCUCGUGGAGAAGCGGCCAGGCGAGUUUGUCGGAGUCUCACGUCCCGUUCCUCGUCGACGGUGGCCACGGGACGUGACAAGUGGUAUCAGAGGCUUCGGGUCCUCGGCGGUGCGGUGUGGUCACGCUCUCUCGACAGCGGUCCUGUUCGGCGGCCACGAUUUUGCGAUGCUAGAGUUCCUUAUCUGACCGUUCGCGACGUCCUACAACACCUCAUCGGCGUUCGUGGUGGACGGUGUGGCGAUCAGUUUGGAAGGUCUUGGCGGCGGUGAUUAGUGGCGAGUGAAGGCGGAAGACUGGAAGCUCUUCACCUGUUCGACAUAAGGCGUCCCCAGAGUGCAGGACAUCAAGACGGCUACCAUGGUCGCGCACCACCAGAAGACGGUGAUCGGCGGCGGCGCGCUGGAGUCGCCACCGGACCUCGUGAACUUCCUUGGCGGCAUCGACCCGUGUGACGGAAGACAGAGCGGGUCGAGGGAACUGUGGAACGACAUCCACUGUCGCUUGGUGGAGCCCGCGGCAUGGGACGUGCUGGAGAACUUCGAGCAGAGGUGGAAGAAGCAGGACAAGGGCGACAACCUCCUAGUGGCGCUGAACAGGGCGUGGGCGGAGCUGCCGGAGAACAAUGGUUGGGCGAAUCCACGGUCUGGAGAAGGAGGGCGUUGGUGGGGACUUGAUGGACAGGGCGACAGAGGUAUGGCUUUUCCAGUGCUCGAUGAAAUGCCUCACGAUGGCAGUGAGGCGGUGAUUGUUCCAUUCUCUGAAGGUUUUGAUUAUCCAAUGUUCGAUGAAAUGUCUGCUGAGGAGGUGGUCUGGGAUGCAGAAGUGCUACUUGGUUGUGAUUCACGUGGCCUAUGUCAGCGGCUUGCUCAUGAGGUGGGUGACCAGAUGCACAGCGCUUGCGAGAAGGAUGUUGUGCCUGAUGCCCCAUGGAUGUUUGUUGGAAUGUCACAGCAAGCAAGUACACACCCAGUGUUCAGGGAAAUGGGUCCUAAAGUUGCAUGGGAUGAGGAGAUGCAAACUGAAAGUCACAUGCAUGAAGGUUUACUGAAGCAGCUUGCUCAAGGUGGAGAAGCCUUAAAAGAAUCAGCUAACAAGGAUGAUGUUGGUGAUGAUGUGGGGGCUCUGAGAGGUGAAGAAGCCCUAGUAGAAUCGACCAAGAAGGAUUCUGAUGUUGAAGAUGAGGCCAGCAGGCCUCACCCACCGAGGGAGGUUAUGCCAGAUGAUUCACUUCUGGUGGAUGAGCCGGAUGAAGGUCCAGCCAGGUCAUGGAUGCGCAGUGGGAGGGGAGCUAUGCCAUGGUUGAUAGGUUGUUUGGAUAUGCAUGGACCAGCAGCAUGGGGCCUGAGUGUUGGAGCAUCUGGUUGGGGUCAUCAGGGUGGUAUUUCUACUUCACUCAUGCCUAGGAUGCAAACUACUGGACCAAGUUCUAAGGGAGGAGCUGACAUUCAGCCUAUGCAGGUUGACGAGAACGUGAGCUAUAUAAGUGGACUAUCAGAGUACAUUGAUGCUUUACAGGAAAUGGUUUUUUUCCCAUUGCUAUAUCCAAUUUUUUUUGCAAACUAUCACAUCACUUCUCCAAGAGGCGUUCUGCUUUGUGGUCCACUAGGCACAGGAAAGACGUUGGUUGCCCGUGCAUUAGCUUGUGUUGCCUCCAAAGCUAGCCAGAAGGUCAAUUUUGAUAUGCGCAAAGGAGCUGUUGUUCUUAGCAAAUGGGUGGGUGAGGCUGAAAGACAGCUAAAGCUAUUUUUUGAGGCAUCUCAAAAAAAUCAACUGUCCAUUAUAAUUUUUGAUGAAAUAUAUGGCCUGGCACCGGUGAGGUCUAGCAAGCAAGAGCAGAUUCACAAUUCAAUUGUUUCAACAUUGCUUGUUUUAAUGGAUGGCCUUGCUUCUCGUGGGCAAGUUGUUUUGAUUGGAGCAACUAAUAGAAUUGAGGUCAUGGAUGGGGCAUUGCGUAAACCUAGCUGUUUUGAUCAUGAGUUUUAUUUUCCUUUACCUGACUCUGAGGCUCGAGCAGAAAAACUGGAUAUUCAUACAAAAAAAUGGAAGGAUCCUCCACCGAGGAAACUAAAGAUGGAACUUGCUGCUAGCUGUGUGGGCUAUUGCGGAGCUGAUUUGAAGGCAUUAUGUACAGAAGCAGCUAUUAGAGUAUUUAGAAAGACGCAUUCUCAGGUUUAUGCUAGUGAUGCCAAGUUCUCCUAUGAAAAUUUCAAUGGAUCAACUCCAAUACUAUACAUUGUGAAGGAUAUGAAUGAGCCAUCCAUCUUCAAUGGCUCUGAGGUCCUCAUGCCAAAGGAUGCAAUGCACUAUGGAGAUGUUGAACAUCGAGAAAUGCAUACUAUACAUGGGUACUACUUUCAUAUGGCUACCGUGGCUGGACUUCUCCAGCGAGGUGAGGGAAAAGAUAGACCCUUUGUUUUGUCAAGUCAAUGGUAUAGUGCGGUUUGGAUAAUUAGACCUUGGAAUCCAGGUCUACAACUAUAACAUGUUGUUGCUUGGGGACAAGCAACAUUUCGACGGGGCGAUAAUGUAACAUCUGGCCCACUUGUAAAGUGGUGACACCGCAGCCCAGUCCAUGGCCCAAGUCGAGAUGCUGAUACAAAAGGACAUUCAGAACACGAGAGGGGCAUCAAAGAGAAUAUCCAGAACAGUUUUCCAGUCGUCUUCCUCGUGGAGAAGCGGCCAGGCGAGUUUGUCGGAGUCUCACGUCCCGUUCCUCGUCGACGGUGGCCACGGGACGUGACACACUGCCCCGCCGGGGAAUGGAUCCGUGGCCACCCCUAAUGCAUAUUUAGUACUAUUGGACGUUCUUUUGUACUGAUGACAAGGUUAGGUUUAACUGAUGCUUUCUGGAAAAACUUGAGCUGUAUAUCCUAGUUCCUAUCAUGAAUCACCAACAUUAUACAUUUUUUUGUCAUUUGUGAACAAUCCAUAUUGAGGUGAACCCUGCAUUUGGAUCUGAUCUAAUUACAAGUGUAUACAUGUAUUAUACUAACUUCGACUGUUUUGCACACAAAAAAAAUAUAUUGGGUGUGCAUGUGUACCCCCAUGUCGUCCGCCCCUGCUAGCUGAACUUCAUCUUGUGUUUCAUAGUCACUCGUUUAGUAGAGUGAUUUUUAAGAAUUGAUUCAUCAUGAUACUCUCUUCAAAUUUGUACUCAAAUUAUUUUACUCUUGUGUCAGUGCUGCCUCCAGUUUAAUGCAGUUUCCGCUCCUGUUUUUAUUGUUAAUUAUUGCUCAUUCUAGGUGUACUCUUUGCAGAGCAAGACUGAAGUUAAGGAAGCAGCAGAACCAUGGCAUCCCGUUUCUGGGGACAGGGGGACAGUGAGUCUGAGGAGGAGGAGGUGGAAGAAGUUGAGUCAGAACAGGGCAGUGAUAGUGAUGAUGAUGGAGGUCGAGGUGGUGCGGGACGCGGUGCCCAAAACCGAUAUUUGAAGAAUCAAGAAGAUGACAGCGAUGAGUCUGAUACAGGUCACCGUGUGAUCCGCUCCCUGAGGGACAAGCGCAACGAGGAGAUGAGAUCUAUUGUUGAUCAGAUGCGUAAUGCAAUGAAGAUCAAUGACUGGGUGAGCUUGCAGGAGAGUUUUGAGAAGCUUAACAAACAUCUUGAGAAGGUUGUUCGUGUCAAUGAAUCUACUGAGGUACCAAAAAUGUAUAUCAAAGCUCUUGUGUUGCUGGAGGACUUCCUUGCCGAAGCCCUUGCAAACAAGGAGGCCAGGAAGAAGAUGAGCAGCAGCAAUUCGAAGGCACUCAAUGCGAUGAGGCAAAAACUCAAGAAGAACAACAAGCAGUAUGAAGAGCAGAUCCAGAAGUGCAGGGAGCAUCCAGAGAGUUUUGAAGAUGAAGCUGCAGAUGAUAAAGAUGUGGAUGAUGACGAUGCUGAUGAAAGUGAUGCAGAGAUUGAAGAUCCUGAUAAAAUAGCUAUGUCAGAAUCAGAAGAGGAACAAGAUGAAGAGGAUGAUGAUAAGGAUGGUUGGGAACAGAAAAGGAGUAAGAAGGAUAAGCUGAUGGAUAAGCAGUUCUUGAAAGAUCCAAGUGAAAUCACAUGGGAUAUUGUCGAUAAGAAACUCAAAGAGAUUAUAGCAUCUAGGGGAAAGAAAGGUACUGGAAGGAUCGAGCGUGUUGAGCAGUUAACAUUUUUGACCCGUGUGGCCAAAACACCAGCUCAGAAGCUUGAAAUCCUCUUCCAUGUGAUUUCUGCGCAGUUUGAUGUUAACCCUAGUCUACUUGGGCAUAUGCCAGUCAAUGUGUGGAAGAAGUGUGUCAAUAAUAUGCUUCUUGUGCUUGAUAUACUCCAGCAGUAUCCUAACAUUGUAGUAGACACCUCAUUUGAGCCUGAUGAGAAUGAAACUCAAAAGGGUGCAGACUACAAUGGAACAAUACAUGUUGUCGGUGACCUGGUUGCAUUCCUUGAGAGACUGGACUCUGAAUUUUUGAAGACCUUACAGUGCACAGAUCCAUACACAAAAGAUUAUGUUCAGAGGCUCAGAGAGGAACCCCUGUUUCUGGUUGUCGCACAGAACGUCCAAGAUUAUCUUGAAAGGGUUGGAAACUUCAAAGCUGCUGCCAAGGUUGCACUGCGCCGUGUUGAACUAGUUUACUACAAGCCCCAAGAAGUGUACGAUGCAAUGAGAAAACUCGCAGAGCAGCCUGAGGACUGUGUGGAUGAUGAUGAUGCAGAGGCUGGUGAUGAACAUAAAGCAGUAGAUGACAAUAGAGGACCAUCACCAUUUGUUGUGAUUCCAGAGGCUGUGCACAGGAAGCCUACUUUUCCAGAAAGCGGUAGAACUUUGAUGGAUGGAUUGAUGUUCUUAAUUUACAAGUAUGGGGAUGAAAGGACCAAAGCCCGUGCAAUGCUGUGUGACAUAUAUCACCAUGCGAUCUCUGAUGAGUUUUCAGUGGCUCGCGACUUGCUUUUAAUGAGUCAUUUGCAAGAUGGUAUUCAGCUCAUGGACAUAUCAUCGCAGAUUUUAUUCAACAGAGUCAUGGCCCAGUUAGGGCUGUGUGCUUUCAGGGCUGGUUUGAUAAAUGAAGCCCAUGGUUGCUUGACUGAGCUCUAUUCUACUGGGAGGGUGAAAGAAUUGCUUGCACAAGGUGUGCAACAAAGCCGAUACCAUGAAAAAACUCCCGAACAGGAAAGACUUGAGAGGAGAAGGCAAAUGCCUUACCAUAUGCAUAUAAACCUGGAGCUUUUGGAAGCCACACACUUGAUCUGUGCGAUGCUGAUUGAAGUCCCCAAUAUGGCUGCCAGCACCUAUGACAAGCGGAGACCUAUGAGCAAAACAUUCCGAAGGCUUCUUGAAGUGAGUGAAAGGCAGACAUUUGUUGGGCCGCCCGAGAAUGUGAGGGACCAUGUAAUGGCUGCCACAAGAGCCCUCAACAAGGGUGAUCACCAAAAGGCUUUCAGUGUCAUAAAUUCGUUGGAGAUUUGGAAGCUUUUGAGGAACAGAGAGCAUGUUCUUGAGAUGUUGGAGCUUAAGAUCAAGGAGGAAGCUCUUAGAACCUAUCUCUUUUCAUACUCGUCUUCGUACGAGUCCUUAAGCCUUAACCAGCUCACUACCAUGUUUGAUCUCAGCGAGCAGCAUGCCCACAGCAUUGUUAGCAAGAUGAUGAUGCAUGAAGAGCUUCAUGCUAGCUGGGACCAGCCAACAAAGUGCAUCGUAUUCCAUAGUGUGGACCAAACUAGGCUUCAGGGGCUACUCUUCCAGAUGGCAGAUAAGCUCUCGGUCCUGGUGGAGAUCAAUGAGAGGGCAUACGAGGCAAGAACUGGUGGUACUCUCGAGGGGGUACCUCCCAGGCGCAGGGGCGAGGGUCAGGAUAAUAUGGGAAAGUGGCAGGAUAACUUUGUCUCGUCACAGGGGCGGCAGGGUGGUGGCAACAGGUUUGGAUACUCCGGCAGAGGUGCAAUAUCUGGUCAAAGUGGUGGUGGACACCAGAGGGACAGGGGCAAUCAGGGUUACCGCGGGGGCUAUGGUGGCGUUUCAAGGUUUCAGGAUGCAAGGGGUCGCAACCAGUCUAUUCCAUCAGGCAGAGGUGGUGAUGGUGGUGCACGCAUGGUGAACCUGAACAGGAUGGGUAGAGUUUAGAAGUGAUAAUUUUCAGCUCGAGUAAGCCUGAAAUUCUCCUAAAAGCCAAGUUUUGAAUCACUGCUUUUUACAUAGUUUCCUGUUCUGGGCUGAGCCAUCCACCUGUUUCCUACAUUUCGUUGUAGCCUUUUAAUUUAAGGGGCUAGGAAAUUGAACUAAGAGUUUGGUACUGUUUCGUGGGAGUGUGACUUCACUCCAAUAUUUGAUAUCUAUCUGUGACACUUGCUAUAACCUGUACUUUUCUUGUUUGUGUUAUGUGGUUUUUAUUUGGUUAUGAAAAAUAAAAAGGCAUGUCGCAGAUAGAAGAUCGUUAUUCUA